GGUCAAGUCUGGAGACUCCGGGAAAGGCAGGGCCGCUCCUGUCACGUGGUGCGCACUGUUUUCUCGUCACGAGGGCUGCUGCAGCGCGGGCUGCAUGAACUGGGGGCGGGCCCCCGGCGUCCUGCUCGGCGGAGGGGCCACGCUGCUCCUGUCUUUUCUUUGGAUGCCUGCGCUCCUGCCGGUGGCCUCCCGCCUGCUGUUGCUACCCCGAGCUCUGCUGUCCAUGGCUUCAGGAAGCCCUCCGUCCCAGCCCCCUCCGGCCUCUGGCUCCGGCUACGUUCCAGGAUCAGUCUCUGCAGCCUUCGUCACUUGUCCCAACGAAAAAGUCGCCAAGGAGAUCGCCAGGGCAGUGGUAGAGAAGCGCCUGGCAGCCUGCGUCAACCUCAUCCCGCAGAUAACGUCCAUCUAUGAAUGGAAAGGAAAGAUCGAGGAAGAUAGUGAGGUGCUGAUGAUGAUUAAAACCCAAAGCUCCCUGGUUCCUGCUCUGACAGAGUUCGUUCGAUCUGUGCACCCUUAUGAAGUUGCCGAGGUGAUUGCUCUGCCUGUGGAGCAGGGGAACCCCCCGUACCUGCACUGGGUGCACCAGGUCACAGAAUCAGUCUCAGAUUCUGGUGCGGCCCUACCGUGAGGAGCCCUGUCCCUGCCACAGCGUCCUCUGCUUAAUUCCCCCCUUCCAUGUGAUGACUGAGCCCCCAAUAAAUCCUCUCCUGCUCUCGA